AUGUCAUUUCUUAUUGAUCAUCAAAAUAUUGCAAACACAGUAAAAGUACCAUUUCCUCCAUCUAUUACUGAAGAUGAAAUUGUACAAAUACAUUUAAAAAAUGGAAUUAAAAACGUGAAUCAAACUAUGAAUGCAUUUAUGAUUUAUAGAAAAGAAUUUAAUCAUAUAGCUUCAAACUUUAAUCUUACACGUAAAUUUGUAUCCAAAUCAUCCAGCAUUUCUUGGAAAAAUGAGCCACAAUAUAUCAAAAAUUAUUACAAACAAUUUGCAAAAAAUGUUAAAAGACGUUUCGAAGAAAUUGUCCCUUCUCUUUGUUUUAUCCACUUCAAUAAAGUAUCUAAUACAAAUGAUAAUCACGUCCCUUUAGACACUUACAUUAAUCAUCCGGUUCAUCCACUUCAUCCACCUCAUUCAAUUCAUCCAAUACAUCCAAUUCAUUCAACUCGUUCGAUUCAUCCAAUACAUUCACUUUAUAAUGAUGAAAAAUUUCCUCCGCUCAUUAAUUCUCCACUUCUAAAUAUAGAUCAAGAAACUAACAUAGAUCAUUAUAAAUAUAUGACUAUGAAUGAUGACGAACUUAUUAAUUAUCUUCCUGAAGAUAUUGCUUUAACUUAUAAAGCAAUUAAUCAAUCAUUACCCUUUUAA